GCCACCGCGCCAGGCUGCACAAUCCAACUGAAGGCGGAAAAGCGGUACACCUUUAUCCGUAUCCGAAGCUCGAAGGCGGAAAGGCUCUGAGCACUUAGGAGUUCGGAUGACACUCGAAGGCGUAACUGCUGAACGCGCACUUGUGACUUGCCCUCCGAGUCUCCGAUUCCUCUUCUCCAUUCUCGGAGUCUGUGGACGGUGAGCCCCGUUAGCCGUCCUCGCCGGAGGCCCCCCACGUCGGAGGCCAGAGAUGGAGAACGCCGUGGUGCUCCGGGAGUGGUUCGAUCGCGUCGAUGCAGGCCGCACCGGCAACAUCACCGCUCCUCAGCUCCAGAGCGCGCUCGCCGUGGGCAACCUCGAGUUCCCCCUCUCCGUCGUGCAGCAGAUGAUUAGGAUGCACGACUUUGAUCGGAAUGGUACCAUGAGCUUCGAAGAGUUUUUGGCUCUUAACAAAUUCCUUCAGAAGGUGCAAAGUGUCUUCUCCACCCUAGAAAGGGGUCAUGGAUUUCUCAAUCUUGAGGAGGUGUACGAGGCGUUAAUCAAACUUGGUUUCUCAUUGGACUCACCUGCCUUCUACACAGUUUGUGAGCAUCAUUAUUUGUUCAAUACCAUGCUUGGGCGUUCUCAGAGCUUUGACAAGAGCAAGAAGGGGAUGGUUCGUUUGGAUGAGUUCAUAUCACUCUGCAUUUUUGUGCAGUCAGCUCGUAACUUGUUCAAUUCAUUCGAUACAAACAAGCAAGGAAGAGUGACUUUGGAUUUUAACCAAUUCGUUUACUGCUCAGCGAACUGCAGGAUAUAGCUUACUACUUGAUACCUGUACAUGGUCAUGGAGACCCCAAAAAAGAGGAUGUUAGCAGUGAAUUACGAACCAUUCACCAGUCAACCCUUAUUUCGGCAACGAGAUGGUAAUGCAACUUCUUGUUUGUCAAAGAAGUUUCUUGUACAUCUCCUUUGGUACCACCAAAGUUGAAACCACCGUUUUGCUUGUAGUCAUGUCCUCGAUUUGUAUUUAAAUCCGGGGCUGUACACACUGAAUAAUGCGUGCCAAUACGUAGCAGUGUUUUGUAUCAAUAUCAAGUGAUCCAGACAUGCAA